AUGUCUGAAGCAGAUCCCGCACCAAAAGAACUGUUACAAGAGGUUUCCUGUGGAUGCCAAGGGCCCUGCAAAUCGAAGCGAUGUAACUGCCGAAAAGCCGGUCUAAAGUGCAACUCUGCUUGCAAAGUAUGCCGCGGAAAAUCGUGCAACAACUCAAAGAGAUGGACUGCUACAGAACACCAUGAUAGCGAAACUCCGACUACUACAGAUGCAUGUGAGGAGGACGGUGGACAAACUACCGUAGAGCCCGAUAAUGAUGACUUGGAAAUUAACGAAGGACUUUAAUGACUUUGACCUUCAAUGAUUUAUCCUACUUGUAACAGAUUGGGGUGGAUAUAACAUUGAACUGUAUAUACUUUCAAUUCCUCUUACAUGCUAUUGUAGGUUUCAUUGGCUCAAGUGAGGGUUUUUGUACAACUAUAUGUGUGAAAUGUAAAGUAACAAAUGUAAAACAAACAUAUUUGAACACAAAAAUAAUUUGUUAUACUCUAUCAAAA